CCCAUCGAAUUCCUUAUUUUUCUCCGCCAGAGCGAUCUGUGAAGUGUUUGUUUUUGCGGUAAACGUCGUCUUCCACUCAUGGCGAGUGCCGAAGUAGCCGAGGUCCCGGCAGCCCCCGCCGAGUUGCCGCCGGCGGAGGCAGCUGUGGAGGUCCCGCCGGAGCCCAAGCCCACUGAGGAAAAGCCGGUGAGGGAGAAGAAGCCGAGAGCCCCGAAAGCUCCCAAGGAGAAGAAGCCCAAGGCUCCAAAGCCCCCUGCCCCUUCCCACCCUCCCUAUUUCCAGAUGAUCAAAGAGGCGAUCACGGCUCUCAACGAGAAGACUGGCUCCAGCUCCUACGCCAUUGCUAAGCAUAUGGAGGAGAAGCACAAAGGGGUCCUGCCGGCGAACUACAAGAAGGUCUUGGCCAUCCAGUUGAGGAAUUUCACCGCAAAGGGCAAGCUUGUGAAGGUGAAGGCUUCCUUCAAACUAUCGGAGACUGGAAAGGAGGAGGAGAAGAAGAAGAAGCCGGCGAAGAAGACUGCCUCUGCCCCUGCCAAGAGGAAGGCCGCUGUUGCUGCUUCGAAGAAGUCGGCAAAGCCUUCGAAAGCUAAGAAGAAGCCGGCGGUUAAGAAGGCCAAGAAGGCCACCCCUGCGAAGCCGAAGCAGCCCAAGUCCAUCAAGUCCCCGGCGGCCAAGAAGGCUAAGAAGGCAACUGUUUGAUGGUGGAGAUCGAUGGUCUCCAUGGCUCUGUUCAUCUUUGUAUAAAUUCCUGGUUUAGUUUUCUGUGUACUUGGCCUGUAUGUUUUGGUUGCCUCUCUCUUUUGUAGUUUAUGUUUUGGUGACUAAUGAUAUGGGAGGUCAAUAAUAUGCACAGUUCCUGUAGGAAUUUCAUGGUUUUCAUGAUCUUAAAGUUUAAAA